GCAGAUGGGGACGCGCGCGUAAACGGCACCAUGCGCGCUCUGCUGGCUCUCCUCAUGGUCGGCGCUUUGGCCUCCGCGGCCGCCAAACGCGGCACCGGUCUGAAGACGUGGUCGCGCUUCAGUAAGCUGCCGGUCCCCGGAGAUCAAGCCUUCCUGUACGACACCUUCCCCGAAGGCUUCAUGUGGGCGGUGGGUACGGCCGCCUACCAGGUGGAGGGCGCCUUCGGGAAGGACGGGAAGGGGCUCUCCAUCUGGGACACCUUUAAGCGCGGCGGGAACCGCGUGACCACCGGGGACGUGGGCAGCGACAGUUACCACAACAUCCACGCAGACGUCCGGGCCAUCAGGCAGCUCGGGGUCAGCCACUACCGCUUCUCGCUGUCCUGGUCCAGGAUCUUCCCCAACGGCACGCGGGGCAGCUACAACGAGCUGGGCACCAACUACUACCGCGCGCUCAUCCGCGCGCUGAAGAGGAUCCGCGUGCAGCCCGUGGUCACCCUGUACCACUGGGACCUUCCGGAUCAGCUGCAGCAGACGCUGGGCGGCUGGAGCAACCCGGAGCUGGUGGACAUCUUCAGAGAUUACGCGGACUUCUGUUUCCACGCGUUCGGGCACGACGUCAGGUUCUGGAUCACCAUCGAUAACCCGUUCGUGGUCGCGCGCCACGGCUACGGGACCGGAGUGGUCGCACCGGGGAUCAAGAACGACCCCGAUCUGCCGCUCCGGGUUGGACACAAUCUCCUGAAGGCUCACGCAGCUGUGUGGCAUCUCUACCACCAGCACUUUCGACCUCGGCAGCAGGGGAAACUGUCCAUGGCCCUGGCCUCUCACUGGAUCAAGCCCAGUCUUACCCGCCGUGAAAGCCUGCUGAAGUGCCAGUGCUCCCUGGACCACGUCCUGGGCUGGUUUGCGAGGCCGCUGUUUGUAGAUGGUGACUACCCUCCCUGUAUGAAAGAGAGGCUGGGCUGGCGGCUGCCCUCCUUCACCCAGGAGGAGAGGGAGCAGGUAAGAGGAACGGCGGACUUCUUUGCCCUCUCUCACGGAGCAGUUCUGAGCUUCAACCUCAUCAAUGAUAGCCUAAAGUUUGGGCAACAUGAGGAUCUGGAUCUGAGGAUGCUGCUGUACUGGGUGAAUGCUGAGUACAACAAACCGCCGAUCUUUGUGGUGCAAAGUGGUUGGUACGUACUCGGCAACACCAAGACAGAAGAUCCCAAGCACGUGUAUUACCUCAAGAGGUUCAUUUCAGAGGCAUUAAAAUCAAUCGUCAUAGAUGGCGUGAAUGUGAUCGGCUACACCGCCUGGUCCCUCAUAGACGGCUUUGAGUGGCACAGAGAGUACGGAAUACGAGGAGGACUUUACUAUGUUGACUUCAAUACUCAUGACAUGAAGAGGGAGCCAAAGACAUCUGCCAUCUUUUACAGGAAUGUCAUCCAGAAGAAUGGCUUCCCUGAGCUUCCAGAGAAUAGACCGGCCCAAGGGACUUUCCCGUGCGAUUUUGCCUGGGGGGUGUCUGCCAACUCUAUACAGGUGGAGACCACACCCAGCCAGUUUGUGGACCCCAAUGUUUACCUCUGGAACAUCUCCAACAACGGAGAGCUCAUGAAACUCGAGGGCGUCAGUGCACCACCUUUACGUCGGAUCGCACACUGUGCCGAUUACGCCACCAUCCGGCAGCAGGUAGAUGAAAUCCGACAGGUGGGCGUAAACCACUUCCACUUCUCCCUGAACUGGUCGGCGGUGGUACCCACGGGUGAUGUGGCUCAUCCUAACAACACCCUGCUCGGUUACUACAGCUGCUUUGCCCGUCAGCUGCUCCAGGCCAACAUCAUGCCUGUGGUCACCCUCUGGCACCACACGCGGCACCGCAGCAGCCUGCCGGCUCUGCUGGACGCCAGCAACAAGUGGCUGAACAGGGAGACACCGGAAGCCUUUGCAGAUUACGCCCGACUGUGUUUCAGAGAACUCGGUGCCCACGUGAAGAUGUGGAUCACCUUGAAUGAGCCCAACGAUGAGGUGGUGAGCUACCAAGAGGGUCAUCAGAUGCUGCGUGCACACGGUUUGGCCUGGCACACCUACGACCGCGAGUUUCGACACGUGCAGGGAGGACAGGUAUCUCUGGCACUGCACAUGGACUGGGUGGAACCAGCCUUUUCCUUCAGCCGUGAAGACGUGGAACCGGCUAAAAGAGUUUUAGACUUCCGCGUUGGCUGGUUUGCAGAACCGAUCUUUGGCAGUGGAGAUUAUCCUCUGGGCAUGAGGAGCUGGCUGCGGCAGCUCAACUCACUGGACCUGCCGGUGUUCAACGAGGAGGAUAAACAGCUUGUUAAGGGCACAUUUGACUUCUUUGCCAUCAGCCAUUUCAGCACAAAGCUGGUCACACACGCCAAAGAGGACCCAUACAUGUACACAGACAUGCUGGAGGUCCAGUACAUGAUCGAUACUACCUGGAUCAUGUCGCCCAGACCUGUUGUGCCCUGGGGUCUGAGGAAAGCCCUGAAUUGGGUGAGGGAGCACUACUGCGACGUCCCUGUGUAUGUGAUGGCCAAUGGGGUGGAGGAAGAUCCAGCCCACUUCAAAGACAGCCUGAGAGUCUACUACCUUUAUAACUACAUCAAUGAGGCGCUGAAAGCGUACACUCUGGACGGUGUAAACCUGAAGGGCUACUUCGCAUAUGCCCUGACCGACAAGAGGGACCCAGGCUUUGGUUUUUACGGCCACAUCCAUGAUGAGGUCAUCACCAAGGCCUCUGUGUCCAACUACCGCAAUAUCAUCCAGCACAACGGCUUCCCCAUUCAGGGGUCGGCACCGCAGCAGUGUCCCACCCCGCUCCAGCCCUGCCUGGGCUGCCACCUGCUGGUCAGGAGGCCUGUUCUGGGUUUCCUGACUCUAGUUGGAUCAGGAGUGCUGAUCACCUCAGGUCUGAUCAUUUACUACAAAGCCAAGCAACGUAAAGAAUGUUACUGAUGAUUUUGAUUAAUCAGUU